AUGAUGAAUCAUUCGAACGGAUCUUCAUUUAAUUCCACAACGCCGCCGGUGGCAAACAUCGUAAACGAAGGAGAACUUGUAGGCUCCGAUGACGCAACAUGGAUUCUAACCAGCGCUUUCAUUAUUUUCACAAUGCAGUCUGGCUUCGGUCUCCUCGAAUCCGGUAUGGUGUCCAAAAAAAAUGAAGCUAAUAUCAUGGUCAAGAACGCAGUUGAUGUCAUCUACGGUGGAUUGUCCUAUUGGCUUUUCGGAUUCGCACUUAGUUUCGGAAGCAGCACGGCUGGGAAUGGUUUCUUCGGUGUUGGAUAUUUUUUCACGGACGCUGAUGACCAUGAAAUGGGGCAAGUGUUCUCAAAGUACUUUUUUCAGCUUUCGUUCGCAACGACAGCGACUACGAUUGUCUCGGGUGCAAUGGCGGAGAGAACAUGCUUAAAAGCAUAUACGGUUUAUUCGUUUAUCAACACUCUAACAUAUAGCGUACCCGCUCACUGGAUUUGGGCUGAAAAUGGCUGGCUUGCCAAAAUGGGGGCAGUCGACAUCGCCGGCUGCGGAGCUGUCCACUUAGUUGGAGGAGUAAGUGGAUUGGUAGCGACCAUGAUGUUAAAGCCUCGCAUAGGAAGAUUUGAUGAAAAUUCUCCACCGCAACAGAUGACUUCCCCGACAAAUGUUCUCCUGGGAACUUUCAUGUUAUGGUGGGGGUGGUUGGGUUUCAAUUGUGGUAGCACAUUUGGAAUAAGUGGAAUGAAAUGGAAGCUUGCGUCGAGGUAAAAAAAAUUUUCUUUGUCACAAAGUUGAGGGUCUGAAUGCUGGAUUAAGUUAGAUUUAUUCAAGUGCCAUUUGCCAAUUUAUUUUAAUGUUUAGUAGAAAGAUGUAAAAGUUUAAAGAGAAGCCGAGUUUUCAAAACCAUUUAUUAGUGAGUGUUAAAUGAAGAGCUACCCCACGGAAGUUCUGCUUGCAAAAUGGCGACACAGAGCUGUUAAUGAAUUUGUGAGCAUUAGAGCGUGGAAAGACGUGACGCGAGAAUUUUACAGAAAGGCAAGUUAAGGGGAGAUUCGAAGUUUUCCCUUCAAAUGCGUGAAGCGUGAAAUACUGUUUUUAGUGCGCGUGACGCGUGAUUUUUCUAAACAUAAUUUGCUAAUCAUUGCUUGGAAGAAACACUCAAAAGAAAUUCUUGAUAUAUGCUAGUUGGUUGUCUUAAAUAAUGGAGGAUAUCAGGGGAAAAAUUUCCUAUAGACGCGUCAUAGUUACUACGGUAACUUUCGAUUCAUCUCUCUCCUUUUCCAGGUCAGCGGUCGUCACCAUCAAUGGCUCGAUAGGCGGAGGAAUUCUGGGAAUGGUCUACAGGUAAUUAAUACAGAAAUGGUCUUGAAAUCUUUGUAUGAAGUUUUUUCUUUGCACUUGACGUCUCACAUGUAGAUUGUCUGGUUUUUCCUUUAGCUACGUUUUCUGUAAAAAGAAGCUAAACAUAUCAAUCUUUGUUACCGGGAUUUUGUCGGGACUCGUCAGUAUAACAGGUAAAACGUGAAAUCAGUUGUACAUUUCGGAAAUCCCAUUACAAUUAAAUAGCAGAGUAUACCUUAAGCAGUACUCAAAGAUGUGUGAAAUGCAAUGAGUAAUUAUAAAUACGUGGCCGGUUGAACUCAAGAUGCCUCGCACUUGCCACCGCGCGCCUGAAAAACGAAAAACAAUCGUGUCCUGGAGGCUGAGUCAGUGUUUUUUUUUCAAAUUUUACCUUUAAGCUUCAAACAGACAUUAAUUUUUUUUAACGAUGAAGAUUGAUGAACCAAUCAAUUCUUUUUUUCUUUUCUUCUCUGCUCAGCCAUCUGUUCUCUUGCCCGCCCUUGGGAGGCUCUUCUGAUUGGUGCAAUAGGCGCCAUGUUGGCAUGUCCUGGAUGUGAGCUUCUCGAGCGGCUCAAAAUCGAUGAUCCUGUCGGCUGCGUACCGACACACGCUUUCGCAGGAAUCUGGGGCCUAGUCGCCGUCGCCUUCUUUACCGAGAAGGACGUCUUGGAAAAUACAUUUUCCGGCGAGUUUGGAAUUUUCAAAGGUGGUCCUUGGAAGUUUUUGGGAGUUCAGCUGCUUAUGUCACUUACCAUGACUGCAUGGGCUGCCACCACCACCUACUUGCAGCUGCUAUUGGUCAAUCUGUUGGUGGGAAUGCGCAUGAGCGAAGAAGAUGAAUUAUUAGGCGCAGAUAAAGUUGAACAUGGAAUUGAGCCAUACGAUCCAAACUCCUCGGAGUGGCCUGACGUCUUAAGCGGGGGUGCAAAUGGAGUCGAAAGUAGUCUACAAUCGAUAGAGGAAAGUCCCGUGAAUUUACAGAACGCUGGAAGUCAAGUCUCUUUGACGGAGAUAGAAAAUGGACAAAAAGAAUCUUUGGCAACUAUUUGCAGUCGAAGGAAAUAAGUUAACACUUAAACAAACAAGAUUUAUAAAUCGCUGUUUUUAUUUUGUCACACACUAGAAAAGAUCAAUCUUCAGCAACGAUCUGGAUUCGUUCCACUCGUCUUUAAGCCCAGCG